GUAAGCUUUUACCCGGUGCCAUAUCCGUACCGCAGAACGGAACAAGCGCGAGACCACCGAUCGAAAGCAAUCUCCACAUUCAGCCGCGCUCCAACGCAAGGGAGGGGAAGCUAAUCCUUAAUUUAGGGGACAAACAGAAAUAAUUAUCGAUAUGGCAAUAUUUUGUAGUGGCUGUCCGUAAAUCGAACAGUUAAUAACAAUUUUAUUGUUGGCGUGCCUACGCGUAAAUCGCGUGCUCUUAUCAGAAUACGUUGACCUAAGCGCACCAGUUCAUAUCAAUUGUUGUUGUUGUUGUGAGUGGAAUAUAUUAUGGAUAUGUGCUCCAGUUAAAGUGACGAUAUUUUAAACAAAUAUUUUUAGAUCAAAAUCGGUGAAAUGAUUAACAUCAUUUCUUAUCUCCUGAUUAUUCUCGGCUUACUGGUAGUACUAUAUUAUGCUCUGGACAUAGCAUGGAACCUGUUAAAGUUAGUAAGGGCAUAUUUAGCACCCUUAUUCCUACCGAGUGAAGAGAAAUCUCUGGUUCAUAAAUACGGAUCAUGGGCAUUAAUCACCGGUUCCACCGAUGGCAUUGGCAAGGCUUACGCUACCGAAUUGGCCAAAAGAGGAAUAAACAUCGUUCUAGUCAGCAGAAAUAUCGAUAAGUUACAAAAAACACAAAAAGAGAUAGAAGCAAACUAUUCUGUCAAAACGAAAAUUAUUCAAGCAGACUUUUCGUUGGGUAAAAAAGCUGUCGAUAUUGUCAAAGAAGAAAUUGGAGAAAUACCAAUUGGUAUUUUAGUGAACAACGUAGGUAAACAAUACGAAUACCCAAUGUAUCUAGGAGAAGUACCUGAAGAGGAACUGUGGGACAUAAUAAAAAUCAACGUAGGGGCCGUCACACUUCUAUGUAAGAUGUUCGUAGAAAACAUGAGAAUAAGAGGAAAAGGGGCCAUAGUGAACGUUUCCUCUGGAUCAGAGUUGCAACCUCUACCUUUAAUGACAGUCUAUGCUGCAACAAAAACUUAUGUGAAGAAUUUCACUCAAGCUCUUCAAUACGAGUACGCAUCCAAAGGCCUGACUAUUCAGCAUCUGGCACCGAUGUUUGUAGCAACCAAAAUGAAUCAUUUUAGUGACAGAAUACACAAAAAGAGCUUAUUUGUACCUGAUGCCGAGAGUUAUGCCAAAUAUGCCGUUUCCACACUUGGAGUUCUGGAUGAUUCUAGCGGUUAUUGGACCCAUGGAAUACAAACUUUCUUCACAAAGUUACCUCCAGAAUGGAUCAGAAUGUACAUCGGGGGAUAUUUGAAUCAACUUUUUAGAGAAGACUAUUUAAGGAAUUUGAAAAGUUGAUAUAAAUCUUAUAAUAAUUUUCUUUUUUCAGUGCCUGUUUUGUGAUAUGCAAACUAUUUGUAUAUUUAAUGUAAAUACCGUUUUAUAAUGUUUGUUUUUGUUCAACUAUCUGAAAAUUUUAUUCUGUUAAAACUAUUAUUGUAAACCUGUGUUGUCAUUACUUUUUAUAUCUCUGAGAAAAUUAAAUUUAGAGCUCACCUUACCAUGUAAAGUGAUACUGUUAACGUAAUUUAAAUAUACAUUUGAUUGCGAAUAAAACAAAUAAAUUAAUAA